AUGCAUCACAAUAUUGAUCUCUCCGACAGCAGACAAAGUCCCGAUGAUUCAGAAGAAGAAUGGAUGUUGAGCUUCGAGAGUGAUUUUGAGAUCCCUCCCCGGAGUCCCGCUGGUUGGAUAUUACAUUCCCGUGGAGCUGUGUCAACACCCGAUGACCCUUCCACCAAUCACGCCGACGAAGACGACGACGACAUUGGCAUCCCUCCCGCUGGUUGGAUACCUGAUACCCUUGAUGACCGCGACCUCCCUUAUGUCCCUUCUGCAGAAAACGCUUUGGAACCCCUCGUUGAUCUACGCACCAGCCCUUAUUUUGGCCCGGUCUUCGACCAAGGCACUAUUGGAAGCUGUACUGCCAAUGCGAUUGCUUCUGCUUUCGCCAUGGUGCUCAAGAAACACAAACAAGAUGGUUCUGAUUCCUUCAUCCCCUCCAGACUCUUCAUUUGGUACAAUGAACGCGAGAUGUUAUCAAGUGACCGGGUCAGGCUAAACAGCGGAGCUCGUUUGCGCGACGGGUUAAAGAGCAUCGCGGUCACCGGUGUGUGCUCUGAGGAGGACUGGCCAUAUGAGCCAUGUGGCGUUUACGAUAAGAGCACCGGCAUCUUCGUUGAUGGUGCGCGGGCCGCUACAAAGCCCCCUGCCCCGGCCUACGGGAACGCUCUCAAACGCAAGGCUAUUCAGUACAUGAGGAUUGAGCGCGAUCUCAAGCUCCUGCGCGCCUGUCUCGAUGAAGGGUACCCGUUUGUGUUUGGAUUCAGGCUUCUCGGGCAAACGACCGAGGACACGGACUUGGUGACGAUUCUCGGGUCCGAGGGUGAGUUCUCGCCGACCGGCCUUGCGGUCAUGGCGGUCGGGUACGAUGACUUCAAGUGCCACUUCAUAGUUCAACGUUCUUGGGGUGCUACGUGGGGUGACGGUGGAUAUUUCAUGAUGCCCUAUGACUACCUUCUCCAAGAGCACGACUGCAACAAUUUUUGGACUAUCCGUAUCCCAACCUAA